AUUGACCUAGCUAGUCGUCCUCUGUCAGGACCAUCACUCCAUCACUGAUACCAACGUUCCGGAUAGCGUACACCACUGGGCCAAUCACUGCCAGUCUAGGCACGUGGAAACGGAAAUUGUCCCGCUCACCGACGAGUCCUGCAUAGUGGACGGUAGCCCCGGACACGGCAGGGUGAGGGUGAGAGUGGAGUUCCUGACUCUACAUACUACAGCGGCUACGGAGUAUCUCUGGGGCACACUGCUGAGAUGGUGUAGACCAAUCGCUGUCCCGUCAAUCACAAUCCGGAGCGGUGACCCUCGCCAGGACCCUGAAGUGCACAGUGCAGCCGUUUGCAUGCAGUGAAUCAUCAAUCGCCAUUGUGUCGCGAAGCAAUGCAAUGCCGCAAUGCGAGAAUACGUACAUGUACAUGUAUAUGUAUACCCGACAGGUUGGUGCAUACUCGCGCUAUGCUCUCUACCGAUCGCACUUCCCAGCUGGGAAAUCCCUUCCGUUCCAAAUAGCCUUUUUUCCCCAAAAGCGCGUCAGUGGCUUUUGUAAUGCUUUUCACAGAUCCCGUGCGGCUCAGGCCGGGUAUAAAGAGCAGAAAAACAUCCUCGGAAUAACAUUGCACCUUAGCACCUGUUUCGAAUCAUUUCUCCUCCUCUGUUUUCCUCCCUGAGUAUCUGUGACGUUAACGCACAUUUCUGUGGUUGGGUAAUCAGUAGUGGUCACUUGUUUUCCUUAUACGCCAUUUCGCUCCCACUCCGGUAACGCCACAUACAUUUUGUCGCAUCAUUUUCACAACUCAUUCUCCUUGGGUCAGUGGUUGAGAUUUCAAAUCUCCACGUCCUAAUCCAGUUACGAGAAUUGGGUGCUACGCGAAAGAAGAUGUUGCAGGUGUACAUGUAUCUAUUGGCGAUGGUGGUGGUGGCGGUGUGCGUGUUCAGCCGACCGGCGGAGACAGCGCCUGUGUCCAGGGCCAGUGACGACGAUGAUAUGACACACGCUAUUCGAUGCCCCACCAAGAUAUUUCCUACGAACGCCGUUUGUCAGCCAAACAGCUAUGGCAUGGUCUGCGGGUGCAGGCAAUUGCCACAACAGCCUCUACGCCCCGUGCUGGUCUCUGCCGAAGACGUCAACAGCACUCUCAUGUCGCCUGACGGGUAUUUUCUGAUCGUUCGGUGCACAGCGAACACAGCAAAGUCAUCUCUACAAUUGCUACCGGAAUUCCGCUGCGAGCCCAUCACGCCUCCUGAACCUCGGCGGUGCACCUUUUCUGCUGAAACCUUACCACAAGCCAUAAGAAUGUCCCAAGACAUGCUGAUCUUCGACUCAGAUUCCAGUGUAGCCCAGAACGAGUCCUACCCGUCUGGAACGAAGUUGAGCAUUUCAGGUUGCAAACAACCGUGGACACUACAGCGUGUACGCACUGGUGUUGAUCCUGUUCUGACUUGUGUGGAUGGACAGUGGACAUUAUCAGGACAUGGAUCACCGCUAUGCCAAGCAUGCAGACUUAGCGCCCAAGGACGAGAGUACGCUGAGGAAAGGCACCUUGUCGUGGAGAGCAACGCCACAGCCUACGCAAUUGGGUCCAACCUGCAACUGAAAUGCAAGAAACACUUCGUUCAACAUGGUGACGUCAACGUUCCUUGCUAUCGACGUCCCGAGGAUAACACGGCGGUAUUUGGCCAGUUUCCUAGAUGCGAACAGAUGAUGUGUGACAUGACAGACCUCUCCCGACUGGGCAUGAGAGCCAUAAAUGGGCACAGGUCGAGAGGAUUUAUUCGCGUGGGCAAGUCUGUCAACAUCACCUGCGCCAAGCCAAGACGUGCACCGGCCUCUCGGGACCAGCAACACCACGGUCACCAUGGAAGCAAUCAACUGCGUUACCAUGGCAAGAAAAUGGUGGCCACCUGCUUUCCGCCACUGCACGCCACUGACCACGACGGCCAGUUGAACUGGGUGGGAAGGUUUCUGGUGGCGUCACCGAACGAAGCAGAGGAAAGCAGCCUGAGAGCUGCCUCCAGGAGCAUGAAUUGCAGAUAGCG